AUUUUCUUGGAAAAGCGGCCACAUAUAUAGUCUGUUACAAAACGAAACUAGGAUUUCCAAGAAGGUUAGAUACUCAGAUGUUCUGAAGUCGCGGCCUUCCCGUUGUUCUUUGUGCCAGAUCUCCUUCCUAGUGUGUCAAUCUGUCGCAUGCUGUCGGACUACUGUUAUGUGGACGAUUGACAUGGACGACUUCAGAACUGAACCGCCAUUUUUUGGGAGGGGGAGAGGAAGAGGACGUGGUAGAGGACGGUGGAGGGGCAGAGGAAGAGGCAGAGGUAGGGGAAGAGGUGUGAUGUCAUCAGCAGCCCAGGAGACUUACGGAGAUGAAUCUACAGAUGUCGGUGUACAGAGUGUAAGACGAGGUCUGACCCAGGGGGCGAGGGAGCUGUGUGAACACUACAUGGGGGGUCCGUGUUCCUGCUCUCGUCUCCACCACCAGAAGAAGGCCCCGUAUGUGUGGCAGUACCUGGCCAACACUGGCGACUGGAGACUGCUCUCGAACACCGAGAUGGAAUUUGUGGAGCAAGCGUUCUGUAACAAUGAGGACAGUACAGUAGCUGAGGUCAAGUUAUCUGGAAAUAUGACAUCAACAGUCGUGAACUUUGGAGAAAUACUUGACCCACCACGGCAAACGUCAUACAAUCAGCACAGUUUCCGGCGACUGUCAACCCGAUCUUACGUGGAGGCCGGAAGUGACGACAUAUCUCUUUACACACAGUGGGUCUGGUACUGGGAGGACAACGAAAAAGAGUGGUCCCCCUUUGUACCGACGCAGCUUCAGCUGACCCUGGAGACCAAGUACCUGGCAGGACAGGACAUCUACCUCUACACUAUCGGAGAACAGGAAUACCGCCUGGACUUUACAUCUCUGGUUCAGGUCAACAGGAAGUAUCAAACUCGGAGGCCAGUCCACCGGAGGCCGGUGUUUGUAUCUCUUGAUGACGCCAGGUACCAUCAGCAGACAUGUUCCAGUUUAUUGAUGUCCCCGGCGACAGCAACUCCAACUGACGUGCCUUUAAACUGGACUCCGCUUGACCAUUACCAGAACAGUGAAAAAGUGGAACUGGAAACCAGCGCUGAUGAAUUUGCUACGGUGAUGUCAUCAAUCUACAAAACUCUGUCAGCGACCACGUGUCAAGUACAGCGUGUAUACCGACUGCAGAAUGCUUUACUGUGGCACAACUACUGCAGCAUGAAGAAAACACUUCAGAUGUCACACGGCACUGAGAGUAUAGAUGUAAGACAUUUGUUCCAUGGCACAGACACCCUAGACGUGGUCAACAACAUCUGCAUCAACAACUUCGACUUCAGAGUCAGCGGCAAGAACGCCACGGUGUUCGGCAAGGGGGCGUAUUUCGCCCGGGAUGCAAAGUAUAGUCACAGCUACACCACAGGCAGAGACAGGUACAUGUUCCUAGCCCGAGUUCUUGUUGGAAAAUACACACUGGGAGACAGCAGCUACACGAGGCCGCCACCGAGGAAGGGCCACGUCCUGUAUGAUUCUUGUGUAAACGACGAGAAGAAUCCUUCAAUAUUUGUUAUAUUUGAGAGGAAUCAGUGCUACCCGGAGUACCUUGUCGAGUACAGAGACGGCACUGUUAUUGAAUCUGUGUCUGUAAACAGAAGAAAUGUCGGAUAUGUCACAAGAUCACCUCCUGUUGCCAGUGCGCCAGUCCAGAUCGCUCAAAUUCCUUCAAUGGUGCGAAAACCUGCUCCUCCUGUUCCAACAAACCCCGCGGCCGUGCUGCAAGCUCAAUCAAACCAAAAUAGAGCACAAACCAACAGUCCACCGGCAUCAUCUGUAGGUUACAGCUUCCCCAGGUCCAGCUCCCAACAUCCCGUCAAGUUAUCUAGUUACGCGAGUAUGACAGCACAUGGAAGCCCCUCUGUAGGAUCAAGUGCCCCAACCUAUGCGCCUUCAGUUUCCUCCGUCUCCACAUCUUCUGUCAGGGUAAAGGCGCCUGCCUAUAACCAGGCAUCUCGCACUGCUGCUGACAACAACCCGGCUCCGAUUUAUAGAAGGGAAAUGCCUACAUUAAGUCAAACCUCCCCAAGGUCCAACUCCUCAAACUACCAGCAACCUCUCUUCGCCUCCGCACCUAGAGGGAGAGUUUCAACGUCUCCUAUUCUCCUUCGGACACCGAAGAAAACUAAUGACUGUAUAAUAUUACAUCUUGUGCAGGAAAAGGCACAUAAAAACAGCGGGGGAACAUGGAAUGCGUAUGAUGAAUCAACAGAGGCUUCCAAUCUCAUUGAUGAUGUACCAACCAAACAGGACGUGAAGAACAUGAUGCCAGUCAUUCAGCGUCUUGUGGUCUUAAAGGAAGGUACUGACAUGAGCGAGUCCACAAACAAACUUCACCAUGUUGGAAGGGGGACAUGGAAUGGAAGAGCACGAGGCAGGGGUAGAGGAAGAGGUGUGACGUACUCAUUUGCCCAGGCGACCAUCGAAGAUGAAUCGACCGAAGUCACUGUCCAGAGUGUAAGACGAGGUCUGACCCAGGGGGCGAGGGAGCUGUGUGAACGAUACAAUGGGGGUCCAUGUUCCUGCUCUCGUCUCCACCACCAGAAGAAGGCCCCGUAUGUGUGGCAGUACCUGGCCACCACUGGCGACUGGAGUCUCUUGUCAAACACGGAGAUGGAACUUGUGGAGAGAGCGUUCUGUAACAAUGAGGACAGUACAGUGGCUGAGGUCAAGUUAUUUGGAAAUAUGAACUCAACAGAAGUGAACCUCGAUAAAAUACUUGAUCCACCAUCGAAAGCCUACAACAAAUAUAGUUUCCGGCGGCUGUCAACCCGGUCAUAUGUUGACGCCGGAAGUGACGCUAUUUCUCGCUACACACAGUGGGUGUGGUACUGGAAGGACAACGAUAGAGAGUGGGCGCCCUUUGUACCGCCCGAGUUUCAGCUGACCCUGGAGACCAAGUACCUGGCAGGACAGGACACCUACCUCUACACUAUCGGAGAACAGGAAUACCGCCUGGACUUUACAUCUCUGGUUCAGGUCAACAGGAAGUAUCAAACUCGGAGGCCAGUCCACCGGAGACCAGUGUUUGUAUCUCUUGAUGACGCCCGACGCCGCCAGCAGACAUGUUCCAGUUUAUUGAUGUCCCCGGCGGCAGUCAUGACAUCUUACGUCCCUUCGAAGUGGACACCGCUUGACCGUUACCAGGAGAGUGAAAUGGUUGACCUUCCAUCAAGUUCUGAUGAAUAUUCUACAGUGAUGGCAUCCAUCAACAAAACGCUAUCAUCGAACAAGUGUAAAGUAAAGCAUGUAUACAGACUGCAGAAUGCUUUACUGUUGCAUAAUUACAGCAGUAUGAAGAAGACACUUCAUAUGUCUCAUGGCACGGACACCAUAGAUGAGCGACAACUCUUUCACGGCACAGACACCAGAGACGUGGUCAACAACAUCUGCAUCAACAACUUCGACUUCAGAGUCAGCGGGAAGAAUGCCACAAAGUAUGGCAAGGGGGCAUAUUUUGCCCGGGACGCAAAGUAUAGUCACAGCUACACCACAGGCAGAGACAGGUACAUGUUCCUGGCCCGAGUUCUUGUGGGGAAAUACACACUGGGAGACAGCAGCUACACGAGGCCGCCACCAAGAAAGGGCCACGUGCUACAUGAUUCUUGUGUAAACGACGAGAAGAACCCGUCAAUAUUUGUUAUAUUUGAGAGGAAUCAGUGCUACCCUGAGUACCUUGUCGAGUACAGAGAUGGAACUGUUGAUGAGUCCAGUUCUGUAAACAGACAAUAUAGUGGAAGUGCACCAUCCCCUGCCAGUGCGCCAGUCCAGACUAUUAAUCGCGGUAUCACUGUACAGUCAACACCAACAGCCCCACCUCGUCCAAAACGACCCGCUGUUGUAAUGCCAGCAUCAACCUCCUACAGCUCCAACAAUCAACAUCAGGUCAACCCCGGGCUGAUCUUCACAGGUAACACCUCCACACACGGUCAGGCAUAUCGGAGGACAUCACCUGCAGCAUCAGUUUCAUCAAACUCCAACAACCAACAUCAACACCAACCAACACCAUCACAACCAACACCAACACCUGCAGCAUCAGUUUCAUCAAACUCCAACAACCCACCUCGGCCAAAACGACCCGCUGUUGUAAUGCCAGCAUCAACCUCCUACAGCUCCAACAAUCAACAUCAGGUCAACCCCGGGCUGAUCUUCACAGGUAACACCUCCACACCCGGUCAGGCAUAUCAGAGAACAUCACCUGCAGCAUCAGCUUCAUCAAACUCCAACAACCAACAUCAGAUCAGUCUGGGACUGGGCUCCACAAGUGACACCUCCACACACGGUCAGGCAUAUCAGAGAACAUCACCUGCAGCAUCAGCUUCAUCAAACUCCAACAACCAACAUCAGAUCAGUCUGGGACUGGGCUCCACAAGUGACACCUCCACACACAGUCAGGCAUAUCAGAGAACAUCACCUGCAGCAUCAGCUUCAUCAAACUCCAACAACCAACAUCAGAUCAGUCUGGGACUGGGCUCCACAAGUGACACCUCCACACACAGUCAGGCAUAUCAGAGAACAUCACCUGCAGCAUCAGCUUCUUACAGCUCCAACAACCAACAUCAGGACAACUCAGGGCUGAUCUUCACAGGUAACACCUCCACACACGGUCAGGCAUAUCAGAGAAUAUCACCUGCAGCAUCAGCUUCAUCAAACUCCAACAACCAACAUCAGAUCAGUCUGGGACUGAGCUCCACAAGUGGCACCCCCACACACAGUCAGGCAUAUCAGAAAACAUCACCUGGAAACUCUAGAUCCACAAUCAACAUCGACACCUUAACACGAGCUCCAGUCAAAAGACCUACCAAGUUACUGGGUGAUGACGAUAUCCGAGCGGCAGUUACAGCAGCUUACAGAUACACAUCCGCUAGUCAGGAAAGACCAAUACCUCAGAAUAGUCUCCACGCGAAAAAGAAUAUAUGCAAAAUAAUGUAAUUGUAGAGUAUUAUGUCAUAAUCAUGUGUUAAUGAAACCUCAUAAGUCGUUGAUGGCAAGUCAGACUGUAACAAUUUGUCUUCAUAGUUCAAAUUCUUGACCGAUCCUUUUCUUUGGUUUGGGCCAAAACUUUACAGCUAGUUUACUUUUGAAUCGGUUCAUAACAGUUGUGUAUAAUUUAGAUGAAACGGAGCAUUUUUCAGUGACCGUCAAUAUGAAUUACACCAGGCGUUUGAGAACUUGUUGACACAUGGACAGAGAACGUUUUCAAAUCAAGGAGUAGGAGGUGGUGCAAGAGGAGAGGUUGUCGUGGUUGAAUCGAGAGUGUCACAAAAUAGCUAUAAAAUGUAGACUUGCCUGGAACAAACCCUCUUUUGAAAUCAUGUUAUCUGGUGUCAAAUAACAUGUAAAAAAGAAAGCAUUUGAGACCCAGUAAAUGUAACCAUGUGCCGGCAUGUCGACUUAUCCGGUUUCUACUUGGUAAUUUGACUUGAGGACCAAGUGGACCAACUGACUGAUAUACAUCAUGGCUUGUUGUACGGGGAGACUUAAUGGAUCGGGUGGUCAGGUCAUUGUUGGUCGGCGGAUCCUGGCCCGGAUACUCACGGGGGACAAUGUGUGCAGGCAAUCUAGCUUCUCUUAUUGGGUACAUGAACUUAAUGUAUCGGUGACUUUGUUUGUUUGUUGUUUUACGCAGCCAAUUGACGGCGGUCUGUAAAUAAUCGAGUCUUGACAAGACAAUCCAAUACAUAUCAUGACCAUCGAUCCACGCAAGUGGGAUACGAUGGCAUGCAUCAACCAAGUCUGGCCACCCGAUUCCGUCAGUCGCCUCUUACAAGCAUAGAGGUCUCUUACGACAAGCAUCGGUUCCUGAAGACCUAUUCUAACCGGGAUCUUCAAGGGUCGAUCGGUUCUUGGAUGAUAACUUGUGUGACCCGACGGCGUGGAUCGAUGCUCGGAAUAUCAAUCUCUAGCUUUUCUAGUGCAGAGUCGAUUAUUUACAUGCUGCAUAAACAAAUAUCGUAGAGGGCGAGUCGUGGCAUAAAUAUUCUGCUGAUAAUGCAAGGUCAUGACAUACUUGCAUUCAGUAAAGAAUCAUCUAUCGUAUUGUCUGUUUCCAAUAUUCUCAAUAUUCCUUUCGUGUUUAGCGUGUACUGUUUAGAGACAACCUUAACAACUGUAUGUAAUCGUUAUACAGUUAAGGCAAGCGUGAUCAAAUGGAAGCGGUUUGUUGUAUUGGUCAGUUUGGUAUCAGUUUGGCCAUAAAACAACAACCGUAAUACAACUCAUGAAUCUGAAUCUAAAUAUAAAUUACAUUGUACGUCCAAAUAUAUAGUAUGUACAUUUCAUUCUUUGUUAAAAAGUUCUAAUAUUCUAAUAUUUAGAAACAUGUCGAUGUAUUUGUGGUAUUCAAAACUUUAAAGGAAAUAAUGUAUGUAAAUUAGUCUAAUACUCAACAUUGUAUAAUUGUACAUUGUACUAUAGAUCUACUGUGGCCUCAGUACAGAAAUAAAACAACAAUCGAAUGUGA